AUUGAUAUGGAUCUAAAGAUUCAAGGGGUCCCUGUACACUUUCCCUACAAGCCUUAUAGUUGCCAGCUUUCUAUGCUAAAUCGUGUGAUAACUGCUCUUAACAAUAAACAGUGUUGCCUGCUGGAAUCUCCCACUGGAACAGGAAAAACCCUAGCUCUUCUUUGUGCGUCUCUCGCUUGGGCUGAAUACCAAGCAGACGAAGAUUUUGGAAGCUUCAUAGAGGAUAAAAUUCCGGAUGCAGAGGCUGUCUGCACCUGCGGUGCGGUUGAAACCCAAGAGGGCAAGAAAUUUGGUUCAAUUUGCUCGCCUACACUAAAAUUUAGAAUGUGCAUUCUCAGCAGUAGGAAGCAUUCGUGUAUAAACCUUGAAGUUCGCAAACAAGCGAAUGCAAAUGAUGCUUGCCAAAACUUGAAGGGUACUUGUCCCUAUGAUCAGGCGAAAAAUCGUAAACUUUUGAUGAGCAGUGUACAAACAUUAAAUCAGGCUGGAUCCUGGGAUCUCGAGGACUAUGUGGAGACUCUGUCUAAAGUACCAACUUGUCCGUACUUCUUUGCCUUCAAAUUAUUCGAGCGAGCUUCCAUCUGCUUUUGUCCAUAUAACUACCUCCUUGACCCGGUGUUCCGGGAAACAGUUUCCAGUGACUUCGCCGGCAGCGUGGUCAUAAUUGACGAAGCUCACAACAUUGAAGACGCUGCCCGUGACGCCACCUCCGUUACGUUAUUAGAAAAAGACGUAUUAGCGGCUUCGGAAGAUCUAAAACUCUAUCUUAAUAAGGCUAAUGUGGAGGGAACUUUAGCCAAGGAUGUGACUGCCCUCAUAAAUCUUCUCGGCGCUAUCCACCGAGUGAUGCAGUUGACACGCUCGCGUCUCGUUCAGGCCGGGAGUCUUACCUCUUCAGCGCAUGUCUGGUCUGGCGCUGAGAUUGAGGGUCUCUUGUCUGCGGUGGGGCUUGGCGCGGAUCGAUUUGAGGCCGUGCGGCUGAGCUUCAACCGACUAAAUGCCAAUAUUCAGAAAGAAUCGGUUACUGACCGGGACAAUCUCUCAAGGGUGGAUGAAUCACAGUUCCCCAAUUCCGCUACUCUUCGGCUCUUCACUUACAUUUUUAUAAUGCUCAAAUUCCUGUACAAUGAUGAGAUGCGUCGAAUUCAGGACUACAGAGCCGUUCUGACAGAAGUUAGCGACAUACAAAGACAUCAUGUUCUGCCCACAGAGGAUUCCAACAGCGCCGGCAAGUGGCUUAGCAGACGAACUAGCGCCAAGGUGCGAUUGGUGGAGUCCAAGACCCUGAGUCUUAACUUCUGGUGUCUGAAUCCGGCAGUGUGUAUGGCCAAUAUCGCAUCUACCGUUCAUUGUCUAAUCCUCGCCAGUGGCACUCUCUCCCCCCUCGAUGCAAUGGCUGCAGAACUCAACCUUGAGUUCCCAGUGCGCCUGGAGGCCAGUCACGUGGUCCCCCUCGAUAGGGUCUUUGCUGCUUCCGUCUCGAGAGGCCCUCUAGGCAACCGGCUAUGCGCCACCUACGCCAACCAGAACGUGUUCACCUUCCAAGACGACGUGGGUCAGUUGGUGCUGGAAGCUUGCCAGCAGGUACCCGGAGGAGUGUUGUGUUUUUUCCCUUCCUAUGGACUGAUGGACAAGCUGAUUGCCCGUUGGGAGUUGACCGGGCUCCUAGACAAAUUGGAGCUUGUGAAACGCGUUCUCCGAGAGCCUCGAUCUUCAGAACGCUUUGAGGAUUGGGUUGCAGAAUUUUACGAAGCUGUCGACACAACACGGGGAUCUCCCAUAAAAGGUCUCAGAGGGGAAUCAGUGACUGGUGCGCUCGCACUAGCCGUGUGCAGAGGCAAGGUCAGCGAAGGUCUCGAUUUUACCGACGACUACGGCAGACUGGUGAUUGCCAUCGGGAUUCCUUUUCCGGCGAUCAAUAACCCCCAGAUUGAACAGAAACGUUCCUUUAACGACACCGCCCGCGUGGGACAAACAGCCGCUCGAUGUGCAAACCCCACUCUCGCCAGACUCUCCAAUCACGCCAGCUCCCGCUCUCCACUUAAGGCCUCUUUAGCUAGUCAGAAUUGCGUAGCCCAGGAAGUCGCCGCCGCCUCCAGAGUUGAGUGGUCGAAUUCGCCCAGCAAAGUGCCGGCCUCGCCAGCGCGGCCACCACCAGGGGCCAGGCAACUCGUCCUGUCCGGCUCCGAGUGGUACGAGGCUCAGGCGUACAGGGCGCUGAACCAGGCCCUGGGCCGGUGCAUCCGCCACCGCAACGACUGGGGCGCCAUCAUUCUCGUGGACGCGCGCUUCGUCGAGCAGCCGGCGCGCUACCUUUCUGGCAUAAGCCGGUGGCUGCGCAAUCAGUGCGUCUCCUGUAGCCCUUCGUGUUGUAUCCACGGUCCCACAAAAUCAGUAAUCAAAGUCGUUGGUUUGAGUAAAUGGGACUUACCCCACUCUUCGGCUAGUCACGUCAGCCGCAGCGACGGGCUUUAUGUAAAUCCCCAGACACAUUACCAGCGAACCGUCAGAGUGCAUAGUUUUUUCUACCACAGUUUCACCAGCCACAUUGAAACCGCGGUGGGCAUCACCACCACUUCUUUAUUUUCCCUGGAAGCCCAAUGUGCUGUCGGGCAACUGUAA